GGCCCGCGGGGACAGAUGGGGCUUUCUGGCCCAAAGGGGGAGAAAGGCGAGCCGGGUGAGGCCAGGGUGAUCACAGAUGGAGGACCGGGGCUGCCGGGCCGCAAAGGGGAGCCAGGCACACCGGGCAGCCCAGGCCCCCCUGGGACCCCUGGGCCACAGGGGCCCUUUGGUGAUCCAGGCCCCCCCGGUCCACUUGGACCCAUGGGGCCACCAGGACCUCCAGGAGAGUUUGUGAAGGGGGAGAAGGGUGACCGAGGGGAGAGGGGCCUCCCCGGACUUGUGGAUGGGGCAGCGCCUCGAGGGGAGCCUGGCCCCCCGGGCCUGCCUGGGGACCCUGGACCUCGAGGACCUGCUGGGCCCCCUGGGCUGAAGGGAGAGAAGGGCCCUCGGGGUCCACCAGGAGAGCAGGGCAGAAAGGGAGACCGUGGGGCGCCAGGCGAGCUGGGAGAGACGGGCGAGAAGGGGGACCGUGGCGCACAGGGCCCUGAGGGCGAGAAGGCUCCCAGCGUGGCCGGUGUUGGAGGAGAGAAGGGUACCCCUGGCCUCAGCAUCCCGGGGCCGGCUGGCCCCAAAGGCGAGCAGGGCGAUCGG